CACACACACACACACACACACACACACACACACACACACACACACACACACACACACACACACACACACACACACACGCAUACACGCAUACAUUCUCAUGACAAGAAGAAAAAAGUGUGGGGCAACCUCGCGCGAGCGCUCGACAGCCACGGCAGAGCGCUCAAAACAGUCUGCGCCCACAACGCGCCACGAGAGCACACAGAGAGGAAGAGGACGGCAGCGCAGCAUCAGCAUCAGCAUCUCUUCUUCGCCGCUGCGUUUUCUCGAACCAACCGGACAUUAUUAAGGGACACUUUAACAGAGACGCACGCGGAGAGAGGGAGCAGGGGAGAGAGCAAGACAGAGACCGGAGAACACAGAGCGGGGGGAAUAAUAAAAGCCCAUUUUUGGUGGGAUUUGAGUGCCGUUGUGCCCUCGCCUUCUCCGGAUGAUCAGAAAUGGGGGAAUGGACUAUACUAGAGAGGCUCCUGGAGGCUGCUGUCCAGCAGCACUCGACUAUGAUAGGAAGGAUUUUUCCUUCCUCAUCGAACCAGCGUAAUUCUUGGUGCCAGCUUACUCUCCAGGACGUGGGAUGGAUCCUACUCACUGUGGUGGUCAUCUUCCGGAUCUUAAUCGUAGCGAUAGUCGGAGAGACUGUCUAUGAUGACGAGCAAACCAUGUUUGUGUGUAACACCUUACAACCGGGCUGCAACCAGGCAUGUUACGACAAGGCAUUUCCCAUUUCACACAUCCGAUACUGGGUGUUUCAAAUUAUCAUGGUGUGCACGCCGAGCCUGUGCUUCAUCACCUACUCGGUGCACCAGUCGGCCAAGCAGAAGGAGCGGCGCUUCUCAACGGUGUACCUGACGCUGGACAAGGACCAAGACUCCAUGAAGAGGGAAGAGAGCAAAAAGAUCACCAAGAACACCAUCGUGAACGGAGUACUGCAGAACACGGAGAACACCACCAAAGAGGCCGAGCCGGACUGCUUGGAGGUCAAGGAGAUCCAGAACUCGGCCAUGAGAACUAAGUCGAAAUUAAGGCGCCAGGAGGGAAUCUCGAGGUUCUACAUCAUCCAAGUGGUGUUCAGAAACGCGUUGGAGAUCGGUUUUCUGGUGGGGCAAUAUUUCUUGUACGGAUUCAACGUGCCGUCCGUGUACGAGUGCGAUCGAUACCCGUGCAUCAAAGACGUCGAGUGCUACGUCUCCAGGCCCACGGAGAAGACCGUGUUCCUGGUGUUCAUGUUCGCCGUCAGCGGGUUUUGUGUGAUUCUGAAUCUGGCGGAACUCAAUCAUCUGGGCUGGCGAAAGAUCAAGACGGCCGUGCGGGGCGUGCAGGCGCGACGAAAGUCCAUCUAUGAGAUCCGAAACAAAGACUUGCCGAGAAUGAGUGUGCCCAAUUUCGGGCGUACUCAGUCCAGUGACUCCGCUUAUGUGUAACGCACGAGAAAAAAAAAAACAGUGAUAGAUGAGAGAGAUGUGCAGUAAACAAAAAUGAAAAAAACAAAAAUGUUAAUAAUGAAUGAAA